AUGACGCUCCCGACCGACCCGGCAGUCUUCGCCCCCACCAUCCCGACCUUCAGCGGCGCGCCCAACACUGCGCUCCCCACGCCGCCCGAGUCGGCCCAACUCGCACGACGCAGGCUGAUCAACUACGACAGCUACUCGUACGAGCCGAGCUCGCGCUGGGUCCGCGCGGUGCGCGGGGCCACCGCGGUCGUGGACAGCAGGUUCCAGCUGCUUGUUUGGGAGCGCGGCGUGCGCGGCGAGCUCAAGACGGGCAAGUUGCCCAGCUAUGCGUUCCCUUCUGCGCAUGUACGCACCGACCUGCUCCGCCCGUCGAGCGACGAGGCGGCGGCUAAAGCCGCGGUGAAUUACUACUCGCGCCCGUCGCGCCACGCGGCCGUGGCCUGGUUCGACUUGACGCUCCCCGACGGCCAAGUGUUGCCCAACGCAGCGUGGAAGUACACCGCUGUCCCCGGCCUCGAGGACUACUUCCUCUUCCGGUGGACUUCGGGCCUGUUCGACUGGUACGAGGAGAGCGAGCGCGUGCACACGCACCCGCGCGACAGCCAGGUCCGCACCGAAGUGAUCCCCUCUACACGCUCUGUGCAGGUGUACACGAAAGACAGCGAGCGCCGCCUGCUCGCCGACAGCACCGCCACGCGCAUCCUCUUCGAGCGCGGCAUCCCCGCCCGCUUCUACUUCCCGCCCGCCGACGUCAAGUUUGACGAGCUCGUCGCCGUGCCCGGCCUCGUGACGAGCUGCCCCUACAAGGGGUAUGCGGACAAGUACUGGCACAUCAAGGGCGACACCACCGAGGAAAAGCUCGCGUGGGCGUACUCCAACCCGCUGCAUCAGGUCGAGUGGAUCAAGGACUACGUUGGCUUCCUCAACGAGAGCGUCGAGCUCGUCGUUGACGGCGGGCCGUUCACCGAGGGCGAGCCGGGCUGGAUCGAGUAG